UAAUCAUUCUCGUAAAAUAAAGGUGAAGCGUUCAGGUCCAUUUUACCACAGUGAUUUUACCGUAAAAGAAUGAGGCAGUUAGUUAGCCACGUUUCAACGGACUAUGCAGCCUUUGCUGUUACUGCCAUCAUUGUUUUGGUUUUUACGUUGGUUUACCUCUAUUUGAUCGAGAAGAGAAAGGGUAAACUGUCUUGCCCAGGACUUGAUCCAAGUGAUCCCAAACAGGGAAAUCUCCCUGACAUAAGCAAAGCUGGAAGUUUGCAUGAGUUUUUGGUUGAUCUUCACAAAAAGUUUGGUCCAGUUGCUAGCUUUUGGUGGGGCAAGCAGCUUGUUGUUAGUUUAGGAUCACCAGAAGUCUUUAAAGAAGUGGCAACACUAUUCAACAGACCACCAAUGCUAUUUAUGAUGUUUGAACCAUUGAUUGGGAGACACAGCGUUCAGUAUGCAAAUGAUGGAAGGGGACGAAAGAUUAGACAUGUUUUAGACAGAAGUUUCAGUCACGAAGCAGUAAAAGAAUACGGCUCAAUUUUCAACAAGGUUGGGGAUGAAUUGAUAAAAAAACUGAACGAGUGCAAGCCCGAAGAACACAUUCCAUUCAGAGAAUAUAUGCUAGCUGUAGCAAUUAAAUCUAUUAUGUUGACGUCGUUUGGAGACUAUUUCAAAUCUGACAAACAAAUCAUCAAUUUUGAAAGAGUCUAUGACAUUUGCUGGUCAGAUAUGGAAUCGCGAUUAAGUAAUGGGCCACCACCAGAAGGAAGUGAACAACAGAAAAAGUUUGCAAAGGCCUUGGCGGAAAUGAAAGCAAUUGUAAAGGAUGUGAUUGCUAACAGAAAAAAUGAAAAAGACAAAAAAGGUCAUUUACUUCUUGAUGUCAUGCUGGAGAAUAAAGAUCUUUUCCCAACAGAUGAUAUGAUCUUUGAUAAUGCCAUAACGUACAUUGUCGGCGGAUUUCAUACAACAGGAAAUCUUCUAUCAUGGGUGAUAUAUUACUUCUGUCUGCAUCCUGAAUGCCAAGAAAAGCUCUUUAACGAGAUCGAGGAAUAUGUGAAUGAUGAUGAAAAUAUAACAAUGGAUCACAUGAAGAGCCUAACGUAUACAAGGCAGGUGAUAGAUGAGACUCUAAGGGCUUCAGUUCUUGCACCAUUUGCAGCCAGGUAUGCGGAUUUUGACAUGGUUAUUGAUGGACAUAUGAUACCAGCCAAGACUCCAAUGUUACUCUCUCUUGGAACCGUUCUUGAAGAUCCAGAGAUCUGGCCAGAACCAGCAAGAUUCGACCCUGAGAGGUUCAGUGAUGAAAACUCAAAGGGCCGUGAAAAGUUUGCUUUUGAGCCUUUUGGUUUUGCUGGUAAAAGGAAGUGUCCAGGAUACAGAUUUGCUUACUUUGAAACAACAGUUGUUUUGGUUAAGCUGGUGAAGAAUUUCAAAUUCAAGUUUGCUACGGAUACGAAAAUCUCAAAGUUUCAUCAUCUAGUCACAACUCUUUCAGAAUUGUGGGUGAAAAUAGAGAAACGCCCUUAAUUUUUUCUUUUCCAAGAUGUUGAAAAAGACAAGAAUAAACCGGGUCUAAUAAAAGACAUUUAACUCUCCUUGCAACUCAAAAAUCAGCUGAUUUUCUUAUUUUUUAAGGUCAAAUUUAUUGUGAUGCUACAGAAUCCAUUAUUGCUUUACAGUAUGACUUUCACAAAAUUGCUAUGAUUUGUUUUAAAUAAUGAUUUACCCCUGUGUACUGGAA